AUGAUCCGCACCCGCCUUGCACGCGUCCCCGCCACCGGCUUGUCGCGCGUCCACGUCCGCGGCGUCGCCACCUCGCUCCCGCGUCGUCUCGCCUCCGAGGCAUCGCCCAGCGUCGCUGCCAAGGUCCAGCCAUGGGUCAACCCGUUCCCCAACGACACCUUCUCGGUGGGCCCCAACAACGGCUUCCUCCCCACCAAGGACCCCCUGGCUGUCCUGCCCAAGGAGUAUGAGGUCAUGGACGACCUCCUCGAGCGCAUGCGUCUUGUCAAGAAGGACGGCACGCCUGGUCUCCUCGCCACUGGCGACUUUGGCGCAGCCGUCGACAAGGAGCUGCCCGAGUAUGACCUGACCAAGGUCAACGAUGGCGAGCUUCUCUCUGCCCUGUACCGUGACCUCACCUUUGUCGCCUCGGCCUACCUCCUGGAGCCAUGCGACAUCCAGUACCGCAAGGACAAGACCUAUGGUCUCGGCCGCCAGACCCUCCCCCGCAACAUUGCCGUCCCUCUCAACCAGGUUGCUGAGAAGAUUGGCCAGCGUCCCUUCAUGGAGUAUGCCCUCUCCUAUGCGCUGUACAACUACAAGCGCGUCGACCCCACAAAGCCCAUCGACUAUGACAACCUCGAGCUUAUCCGUGGAUUCUCGGGAUACGAUGACGAGCACGGAUUCAUCCUCGUCCACGUCUCCAUGGUUCACCAUUCGGGCAAGCUUGCCAGCGCCUCGCUCCGUGCUCUUGACGCUGUGGCGGCCAACGACCGUCCGGCCUUCAACCAGGCAAUGCAGGACGUCGUGUCCAGCUACCAGACCAUCAACGGCGUCAUGGAGACCAUGUGGGGUCGUUCCAAGCCCGAGGGAUACAUGUCGUACCGCACGUUCAUCAUGGGUACCAAGGCCCAGCCCAUGUUCCCAGGUGGUGUGAUUUACGAGGGUGUGUCCGACGAGCCGUUCAAGAUGCGCGGCGAGUCUGGAGCCAACGACUCGAUGGUUCCCCUCGGCGACAACCUUCUGGAGAUUACCGCCCAGAUGCCCGUCAACCCCUUGACCGAGGUUCUCCGUGACUUCCGUACCUACCGUCCACGCAACCACCAGGCAUUCCUCGAGUACGUCGAGAAGCGUGCCGCUGCUGUUGGAGUCCGCGAGUUUGCCCUCGAGAACGCCAACUCGGCCGCCUACUACCUUGCCGCCGUCGACCAGAUUCGCGCUUUCCGUCACAGGCACUGGAACUUCACCAUGCACUACAUCGUCACCAAGACCAAGCACCCCGUGGCUACUGGAGGAAGCCCUAUCCUUUCAUGGCUGCCCAACCAGCUGGGUGCCGUUCUCGAUGUCAUGAACGAGACUCACGCCGGAAUCAAGUACGACGAGCUUGACCCCCAGCUUCAGGUCAUGGUGGAGGAGAUUGGUCUCCGCUCCGAGGCGCAGAAGCGCGUCCUCACUCGCCAAGUCGCCAAGCUCCAGGCAGAGCGCGGCGAGGACUCGACGGUCGUCGACGCCGUGGAGAAGAAGCCUGUCAACGAGUCGGCCUACGCCUAA